GGGCCCAUGGAUGCCCGUCAGCGCAGCUCGCCCGGCCGGUGUGGCAGCUCAGCGUUCAGGGUGCACAGCGCCCUCUUCGGGUGAUAGAGGAAAAUCCGAAGCGACGAGUUUGAUGAAGAUGGCGGCCAGCGGGAAGUCGAAAAGUCCUGCGAUGGACGGACUUGUCAAGCAGUUUGCUGCUAUCACGGGGGCUACUGAAGAUGUUGGCCGUCGCUUGCUGGAGGUGUGCAACGGAAACCUGGAGAUGGCCAUUGGCAUGCAGCUUGAGGGCGCUGUUGAGACGGCUGAAGCAGGGGCAUCAGCCGGCCCAUCCGGGGCUUCAGCGGGCCCAUCCGGGGGCAGCGCUGUGCCAGAAAUACCACCUGAUGAUAGCGUCCGAGCACCUAUACCUCAGAAGAGAGAAAUUAUGGUUCCAGAAGUGCCAACUUUUGGUCCUCGACCGAGGCGGAGAGGCGGGCAGAUGUCUAUAUUUGAUAAGUUCCGGGACUUCCAGGCAGAAACACGGCAUCAGGAAGCCUUGAUUCGUAACCAAGGCAACGAGAUACCCCAAUCAGCCAAAAUACGCACCCUGGAGGACCUGUUUCGACCCCCUGUUGAUCUGAUGCACAAAGGCACCUUCAAUACGGCUCGAGAGGCUGGUCAGAGCCAGGGGCGAUGGUUGAUUGUUAAUGUUCAAGAUGUACAGGAAUUCAAUUGUCAGAAGCUCAACAGGGAUGUAUGGAGUGACCCAACGGUCCGCAGUAUCAUCAGAGAGUCUUUCAUAUUUUGGCAGGUGUAUCAUGAUAGUGAUGAAGGCCGUAGAUAUAUGCAGUUUUACAGGGUCAACGAGUUCCCCUAUGUUUCCAUACUGGACCCAAGAACAGGCGAGCUUCUUGUGUCUUGGAUGAAACUAGACAGUGUAUCAUUUUGUGACCUCGUCAUGGAGUUCCUAUCUGACCAUCCAUGUUUUGACAAGGACACGUUGUCAUCACCGCCUGCCAAAAGAGCCAGAACUACCAAGAGCAUAUUAGACGCCAGUGAAGAUUCCCAACUGGAAGCAGCCAUUGCCGCCUCUCUUGCCGAAUCCUCCAGCUCCGCCUCCCAAAGUGCCCAGCCCACCAAAGACUCAUCAGCCGCUGCUUCGUCCUAUAAGAAAACACCUGAGACAAUCAGUCUCUCUGGCGACGAGGACGAUGAGGAUGAAAUUGAGGACGAUGAUGAUGAUCUCAUUGUGAAUGUUGAGAGCAACUCCAGCCGCGACUCCAGCGACUCGGAUUGCGUGGUUGAGUCAGUGGGCGACCACAGCUCCAAGAAGGUUCCACCAACAAACCCUUCCUCCUUGUCGCAGAACUCACUUCGAGCUGCUCCAUCUCACGUUGAGAAAACGGAACACUUGCUGUCAUCGUUAAAUGGAAAUGCCAUCGCAGAGAAGGAAGGGAGAACUAAAACAGUCAACCAAAACAGCAACGGGGAUAAUCAUGGGGGUGGGUCAGAUAAAGACGUGAAAAGGAAGGUGUCAAAUGCUUUAGAUGGAAUCACUGAGAAUAGGACAGAAAUGGCGGAAACGAGUCUUAAUAACGGCAAGACUGAAGUUGAUGCAGAGGAACAGUCACAAGCCAAGCUGAUGCUACGAUUCCCAGACGGAAAGAGGAAACAGCUCUCACUGUCGGAAGACACUCCUCUAUUGACUCUGGUGAAACUGGUGGGCAAGGAAGGUUAUGCCAACGAGCGCUACGAGAUGGUGACCAACUUCCCCAGGCGGAAACUCUCCUACAUGGACUUUGACAAGUCACUGAAAGAGGCUGGGCUGUGCCCACAAGAGACCAUCUUCAUACAGGAACGCUAAAAGACUGAACCUGACGAUCUAAGAGGGACCUGCAGGGCCCAAUUUCAUGGCCCUGCUAAGCACAUACUUCUGUGUUUAUGAGUGUCAUUCCUUGCUUACAGCUCUACCACAGAAACUGUAGACUCAACUUGUAAGCUGUGUGAACAUCUACGUGCUUAUGCCGAAUCUCUUGCUUAUCUGUGAUAUUCGCUAACUUCAUUUUCUGCUGUAGUGAGCGGGAAGUCUGCACUAAGUAAAGGUAGUCAGGGCCAUGAAAGUGGAACCAGCAUGGAGCUGCUUAUACUGCAGAAAAUAUUGCUUGAGAAAUAUUCUCACUAAGUAGAUGUCAUCUGGGAACCAGUCUAAAGCUAUAUGCAUUACUUUGGAUGUUUUGGUUGGUAACCUUGAGUUGCUAAGAAGGACUCUUAUGUGUUAAGCAAGUUCUGUGUGCAUAGCAGCUUCAAGACACUGGCUCUGUAUUCUUGUGGUAUAACUGGUGAUCUGGUCAGUAGACUCCUGGACCUUGGGCAUGAAUCAGCCGAGCCCAAACUUCUUGGGAUCACAGCAGCUGUGUUUGUUGAUCUGUAAACACCAACAAGUUUUGGGAACUUUCAAUAUUUUAGACAGCUUUUGAGAAUGUCUGUUUUCACAGAGGUCCCAAAGAGUGCCCUGUAUUUUGGGGGGCAAACUAUUACAGCAGUUCAAGUUUUUCAUGUAUUCCUCAUACUCUUUCACUCAAUUUCGUAUGAUACACUAGUCACUUCAGAUGCUUUCCACAACCAAGGCCCAACUCGUCAAAACUUCUCACAACUUAUCUGCUCUGAAGAAAGUUUACUUAUGGGGACUAAAAAGAGAAUGAGUUGAGAACAUAACAGCUGUUUGCAGGAACACGUAAGGAGGCUGUGGAACCCACUCACAUGGCAUAUCAGCACAAAUUGUCUGUUCUGUGCUCUGUGUUGUAUUUUGUUUGUGCAUGUUAUUAUAACUAUAAGCCCUUCCACAGGCUUCUAGUCUUGCCAAGCACGCAUCCUUGAGAAGUUUGAAUUAGUCCUGAAAUUCUUCAAGUCUCUUCAUUGAAACAGUCAUUUUCGCUUUGGAUAUUUGUAACCAUGUGGUUUUUAUCAGUGAAGAUUGGCCCUUGGGUAUGUUUGCUUGUAAUCUUUCCGAUUCCUCCAAAUAUCUAAAAUGAUACAAGCUCCUAGAUUCUUGCACUGAUAAAAUAAAAUCAUCUGCUUUCCUUCCUGCCAUGUUGAUAAAGUUAAAACUCAUGCCAACUUUGGGUUCUCGUUUGGUCCUAACCAUGUCUUUAUGCCAGCAUGAUCAAAGAUGUGAAAAUGCUCAACCAGUUAAAACCAAAGAAUGCUAUAGAUAUAUUUGUUUUGUCUUGAAUAGGGGAGAGAAUGUAUUAAAGGCAUAUAGGAGCAUUUGCAUUUAUCCCAAAAGUAACCUACCAAAUUAUUAUAAAAAAGGCUUACAUGGAUUAAAGAUCGUGAAAUAUUUUCAUGAAAAUAUUCAUGGCUUGCUGUCAUUUAGAAGAAAUCAAGAAAUGUUGGUGAUUUCCAACAAUCAGUCGAUAGUUGUGCAUGGUUUUACACUGUGCUCUCAAAAAGUGCUGUGUCCACCGAGCUGAAACUUCAAUAGGUUAGGUUUUGAACGUUCUUCUUCGGAUUAUCAUUUUGAGCAGUGUUACUAUUGGAAAUGAACAAUAUGCAUGAAAAGCUAAUGAUCCUUUAUGCCUUUAAAGGAACCUCAUUUUGCACAACCAACAAUUCCACAGGAAAAAUUACAUAGUAGAGGUGUCAUUGACAAAAUAUAAAUCUACGAUUAAAGUGUAACCCCGACUGUACACAGACCCACCACAAGAGGGCCAUAUGAUGCAUAAACCUUACAGCAAGAAUCGUGCAUGUUCCACCUGUAUCUGAUAGAAGCAUAAAUUAGAGCUGGCCUCUCAUCUCUUAUCAGUGACGUCUCUAUAAUUGGUAUUAUUCAAUCAUUGAAGAUGUAUCUAUUUUUAAUCCAAAUUUGUCAAUAAAGUUCUUAGAAAUUCAUGA